AGUGACUGAAAAUAUUGGUGUUAACUGUUUACUACUUUUUUUUUUGUCCAGUGUCCAUCAUCGCCAUGGCGUCGUUAAAUUUUGAUUAGUCAUUAAUUGUCAGUUGUCAAUUUUUCACCCGACAUCAAUUAUACGUGUUUGCUGUCAUUAGUGUCAUUUGUAUAAAUGUUGGUAAUUUAAAAUGGCUGACGAGUUUACCAUAUCUAAAUUAAAAGAGUGGAAAUUGGAAAAUUGUAUUGAAAAAUUUAAAGAUGAAUGUAUUGAUAGUGAAGCACUUGUGUGCCUAACCGAAUUAAUGAUAAAAGAUCUGAUUCCUCAAAUGGGAUACCAAGCUAAAUUAUUAAAGGGUAUCAAUGAACUAAAAACGAAAUCGUCAAUAAAUACUGAACUUAUAGAAAUAACUAAUCAAGUGGAUAUGAAUUUUGAGGAUUUAAACAAUUUUCCAAUUGAAAUAAUAAAUAAUACUAUAGAUUCAGAUGUUUACAUUCAAAGUAAUACUGAACCCAAUUAUUCUGAUAAUGUUGUGAUUGAAGAUACUUCCUUAAACAAUUCAAAUAAGUAUCUUAUAUUUGUAUGUCCAAAUAGAUUAAUUAUGAAAUAG